GCUGCAAUGAAGAUGUGACACCUAAGAGCUUGGAAUUUUUCCGGAAUAACUAUGAAGCGUGGCAAUUUAACUCUCGUGUCAGUGUGUAUUACGACUUUUUGGGCGAUCAACUUUCCUCUUGUUAAAUCUUUUGGCAUCGACUCUGCUCAAGAUUUUCAGGAGUUAAGUGAGUCGGAUCAUCAAGACUUCGUGGUGAAUUUUAAAGGUGAAACUGUCAGCUUGAAAAACCUGACAAAGCUCUUACGUCUCCAUAAUGUUACCCUACCACAAGAGGAGAGAUACUUUGCUGAAGUGUUUAAGCAGAAAAACAAUUCUGAACAAUCAUGCGCAGGCAGAUGCUACCGAGAUGAAAGAGGAGAGGCAAAUAAGUGUUUCUGUGAUGAGGUUUGCAAAACACUCGGUGACUGCUGCGUGGACUUCUACUCGCGAUGUCAUCAAAGUGCAAGUAUUAUUGAGGUUAUACAAAACCAGAACGUGACCUGUGGAGACGUCAUUAGCCAUGGGGGGCAGAGUUUCAAUGAACCUCCAUGGUCUGGGAUAAUCAUGAAAUCAUCCUGCAGCCUAUCAGGCAAUCCAGUUGGUGAAGAUUGCAAAGCUGUUAAGAAGUUAAAUAUGACAUUAAUGAGCGAACUACCUGUGUUUGGAUGGAAGCACAAUGUUACAUACAGAAACAUUGCCUGUGCCAGAUGUAACAAUGAAGAAAAAAUGACUUUCUGGGAACUCCAAGUAAAAUGCGGGAGUGGAAGAUUAGAGUUCAAUGGGUCGGACAUCAAGGCAGUUAGGACGUUUGUCAUGGACAAAAUAAACAAGUGUUCAUGGAAAUACGAGACAUCGUCUAACCAAACGCGACAUUGUGUAUUGCAUGAUACAAUAUGCGCGGUGAAUAAACAACCCUGGAUGUCUUUAGUUAAAGACCUUUGUUCUUCAUAUUCCAUGCCUUUUUCAGUUGACUAUCAAAAGGCUAAAGUAUCAUACAAGAACCCUCAUUGCGCUCUCUGUGAUCCUGAAGGACAUUCCGAGCCAGCGACCGGUCAAGGCCCAGGUAUACCUUGGUCAAUCAUCUUGGAUGUCAGCGGAAACUUUAGGAAUCCUGAAACACCAAAGACACCACAGCCAACUGGAGCAACCAACGAAAAGUUUAACGUUACUGCCCAGAUGUUACACUGUACUUCAAACGGUAGCCACUGCACCAUCACUAUUAAUGGGAAAACUUGCAAAGCAUUCAUUCCCGUAAAAAAUCAAUCAGCAAAAAUUAAUGCAUCCCUAGACAAACACCAUGUAAUGAUACAGAGUGAACAAUUCCUCGAUAAAAAGAUUGCCAUGGACUUGAAUGGGAGCACUGUAUAUGUAUUGUGUCCAGAUGAUAAAGCUACUAACGAUUCCAAUCAGGAUUUCACAGUUCUCAUUUAUAUCACAGUCAUUGGUACAACUCUAUCAAUAAUUUCACUGUGCUUUCUUCUUUUCAUUUAUUUGUUUUUCAAAGAGCUAAGAAAUCUGCCUGGAAAAUGUCUCAUCAACAUUUGUGGGGCGUUACUCUGUUACCAAAUAAUUUUUUUCACUGUUGAAAAGGCGAAUGAAGUGGACGCUCUAUGUAAGGCAGUUGCCAUUUCUCUACAUUUCUUUAUCCUCGCUGCAUUCUCGUGGAUGAGCAUUAUGGCGUUUAAUACAGCAAAUGCUUUUACCGUUAAGGCAGGCAACGCAAGGAGACAAAGCUCGAACCAGAGGAAAACCUUCAUCAAGUAUUGCAUUCUGGGAUGGGGACUUCCUGUAAUUGUUGUUGGUUUAUUUACUGUACUUGACUUCACAGGAUCAUUUCAUGUCGGAUAUGGUAAAUCGAAUUAUUGCUGGAUAUUUGGAAACACAGCCAUGAUUGUUGCUAUGGUUACCCCAGUGAGCCUUGCUUUGGUUUUCAAUAUAACGUGUCUGGCGAAAAAUCUCUAUGGCAUCCAUCAGUUACAAAAGGGUGCCAGUCUAGCAGCAAACAAUUCUAAAGCUUCUCUGACCCUCAUCUGCAUAAAGUUGACCACAGUGAUGGGACUGACCUGGAUCCUAGGGCUUGCAGCUAACUGGAAACAAACUGAAUUUCUUCAUUACCCUUCCACUGUGCUGAACUGCAUGCAAGGGUUUUUCAUCGCGUUGUGCUUCACUACUUCGAAAAGAGUACGUGGACUACUCAAGGAAAGGUUUUACCGUGGCAAAGGGUUAAAAUGCGCCGCUGAGCCCCAGUCAAAUGGCAUUCAAGACCAGAGUACAGUCAGAGAUGGCGAUACAUCUGCGGAUUUUAACAGAUUUUCUUUGGCUUCCAUGUCAACAGAACAACUGACGAAGCAUCACUCUUAAAGAUCUCACAGCACCAUAACACAGUAUGAGCCUUGAUACUGUUUCUAUACACAAGAAAACAGUUGAUUUGCUUACAGAAGUUGGUCUUACAGAUAGAGUUUAGAUUUUACCGAUAAGGAACUCUACCAAUAAAUGAGAUUAAAUAAAGCCUCAAGGAUUUCUCUUUGACCUACCAGGAGGUUUUUGGAGUUGCCUCAACAACUUCGAAUUCUACAGAAAACCUUUUUACGCGCUGAGAGAGACCCAUUAGGGCAACGCGCGACUAGAAUGAAGUGUUUCACACGUGUGCACGUUGGGCAACUAUUACGCUUGUUAUUACAUGACACUU